AUGGAGCAGGAAUUCAGGGCGGGAGAGACGGUUAUUGGACGCCAUAAAGCCAGGUGUCCUGCGGGAGAGAAGGAAGGAAGGGGCGAGACGCACGACCUCCGCUCGUUUGCUUAUGUUGCCCCCGUGGAGGCGCGGUCAUGGAGCGGCGUGCUGGAGGCGCGCGAGUUCGGCGCCAUGUGUUACCAGCCCCUCGAGAACGACGUCUGGGACACCGUGGAGUCGUCGCUGGACCUCGGGCACCUCGAGGCCCAGCUGAGGAAGGCCCUGGCGGCCGAGCUGGGCAGUGACCUGUACGAGGAGGAGGUGGAGGAGCUGGAGGACGAGCUGCGGAAGGUGGCCGAGGCGAGGGAGAGCGAGGAGAGGGCGUGGAAGGCGCGGCUGGAGGGCGACUGCGAGAAGGACAAUGAGGUGGACGGAAGGACGUCGCCCUCGGGAUGCCAGGCGAAGGAGGAGCUGCAUAGUGCCAGUGUCAGUGUCAGUGACAGUGUUUACAGCGAGAGUGACAGAGACAGUGCCAAGGCCGCCCGCAGUGCCAGUGACGCUGACAGACAGGCGAGAGAAACGCCAGCGCUCCGGGUGACCGAAAACACCGUGCUGCUCAGGAGAAUACGCGAGCUGUGCUGCCAGAGCCACAACUCGUCCUCCUCGUCAUCCUCACGGAAGAGGCGAAGGCAAGGAAGAAGACAAGAGAGAAAAGGGUCCGGCAAGGAAGGCCAAGUACCUGUACAUGCAGCAGAAGCACAUGCGAGAGUACCGGAUGUCCGAGGACUGCCUGACGCUCAACAUCUACACUCCCCUCAGAGCCGCCGGGGAAAGACCAACGCCUCGGAGCUGCCUGUCCUCGUCUACAUCCACGGCGGGUCCUUCUAUUCCAACGGCGGCAGGCUCUACCCGGGGGAGAAGCUCGCCUCCGAGGGCAUCGUCGUCGUCACCAUCAACUACCGCCUCGGCCCCUUCGGGUUCCUGUCGACGGGCGACGGGUGGUCGAGGGGCAACUGGGGGCUCCUGGACCAGCGCAUGGCCCUCCUGUGGGUGCGCCGCCACGCCAGUGCCUUCGGGGGCCACAAGGACAAGAUCCUCCUGGUGGGCAACUCCGCCGGGGCCGCCUCCGUCAUCCUGCACCUCGUGUCCCCGCUGUCCCAAGACCUGUUUUCGCGGGCGGCGGCGCUCUCCGGCUGCGCGCUGGCACCCUGGUCGCUUCAGAGCCGUCCCCUGCACUUCGCCCAGCAGCUCGCCGCCGGCCUCGAGUGCCCCGUCUCCCCGUCGAGCGAGCUGGUGGACUGCCUCAGGCGUCAGGAGGCGCAGGAGAUCAACCAGAUCUAUGCCAAGGACUACAUCCAGGACGGUCUGUGGCUGGCCUUCGCUCCCGUGGUGGAGGGCGACUUCGAGGGCGCCUUCCUGCCGAGGUCGCCGAGGACACUGCUGGAGGAGGGGUCGCUGCCGCCUAUCCCGCUCCUCAUGACGCUGACGAAGGACGAAGUCUCCAUCUGGUUCAGGGAAGCCUCGCCAUCAACGCUCUCCCCCUCAUCAGAGAACCGAACCAUCGAACUCUCCAGAGCCGAGGAUUGGCUGGAUAUCAUCAUGAAGCAGAAAUUCCCCGACCUCGAACCUCGGGCUCUUGCGGCGGUCCUUCACGCCGUCCGCGCCGCUUACAUCUACAGGAACGGAUACACCACCAAAGUCCCCGUCAAGAUUAUUUCCGAGCUCAUCUCCGACCUGGGCCUCCGCGUUCCCUGCGUCGAGGAAGCCGGGUUGUUGAGCCACUGGACGCGCCUCUACUUCGCUGAGUUCUCCUACGUGUCACCCGACGACGUGCGGGUGGGCAGCCAGAAGUGGAUAGGUUCUUACCACGAGAGCGACCUGCAGUUCGUGUUCGGCCAGCCCUUCCUCGGCCUGGCCAACACCCUCCGUGGCCCCAAAGACCGCUCUGUGGCCACUACCAUCAUGAGUGUCAUCAUCUCCUUCGCACAUACGGGCGUGCCUGAGUUGGGCGAGAUGGAAUGGCCGGCUUACAACCUAAGUCACCUCGUCCACCUUGAACUGAGUGAACAGCUGUCUCUGAGCCACAACCUCGUUCAACACAGUUUGUGUUUCUGGCAGCGGUUCAUUCCCCUCAUGACCCUGUUCCCCAUGAAGCCACCGGAGGAGGAGCCAAACGCGGCCCCGCCCUUCGCCACGCCCCCCGUGUCGUUGCUCCUCCUCUCCUCCUUCCUGCACCGGGCCUUCACCUAAAUCCUUUGGGGCAGAAGAACAACAAAGAACUAAAAAGAGAGAGAGAGAAGAAAAAAAAUACAAGUGUUGAAGGCGUUUGUUGAAAAAUGGCGACUUUUUAAUUUUUUUUCUAUUUUUUUUUUUCUAAUCUUUUAUGUGAAACUAGUAGGGAAUUUUCUGUUUUUGUUUUUUUUAGGUCUUUAUGUGAAACUUUUAGGGAAUUUUCUAUUUUCUUUUUUUUUUUUAGUCCUCUGUGUGAUUUUUUUUAUGGAAAUCCGUUUGUGAGCGAGAGAUGACAAAGAUUUAAAUUUUGAGAAACAAAUGUCUAUCUUAAAUAUUUCAUAAAAUAAUACAUGUAAAUAAAAAUGAUUCCUUUUUUUCCAUCUCCCACACUUUUUUAAUAUAAUCUUUCUCGUCUUUCGUAAGAAAAAUAAAAAUGUCUCACAAGAAAUAGAUUAAAAAAACACAUAAGGAGUAUUUUUUGUUUGUUUGUGACUAGACUUCGAGUAUAUUAAUCACUUUCAAUGACAUUUUAUAUUAAUUCACUAAUAUAUAUUCUGUACGUUAAAAAAAAUACAGUUUAACAAAAGAUACAAGAUUUGUUUGUUUUUCUUUGUAUGUUUGUAUGUGAGGGUUAUCCAAUUAUAAGUGUCUAUGUAUAUUUUUUCUAUUUCUUUUUUAUCUUAUUCUUAUUCUCAUUUUUAUUCUUCUUCGUUUCUCUUAUUUUUUUCUGAUUAAAAAUGAAGAAGUUGUGUAUGAGCAACAAGAAGUGAUUUCAAAAUGUAUAUAUAUAUAUAAAUACAAGGGUGAUUUGCCUAUGUAUUAGCAUGCGUACUUGUUUGUUUGUUGUAGUCCCCCCCCCUCUCUUACUCUCUUUCUCUUUCUCUCUUUAUCUCUCGUUCUCUUUCUCUCUCUCUCUCUCUCUCUCUCUCUCUCUCUCUCUCUCUCUCACUUUCUCCCUCGUUUCCUCCCUCCUCCUCCCUCCUCCCUCCCUCUCCCUCUCUCUCUCCCAAGUAGAUCAGGACUACUUCUAUUUUUAUAAACCAAGUCGCCAAUCGCAAAAAGAAAAUUAAAGAUAAAAAUGUACCCCCAAAGGAAAGAGAAAACGAGAAACGCAAAAGUCAUAUUCUAAAAGUUUCUUCAGUGCGUCUCAAGCAAUCGCCGUGAGAGGGCGUGUGCUUGUCUGUCACGAAGAAGAAACCACAGUGUUUAUAAAGUGUAAAUUUGUACAUAGUUCCUGCUACCUAAUGGAUAUAAUUUGGUGCAUUUGUGUAUAGCUGUAUUACUAACGAUAGAAAAAGUGUCAUUUGAUGGAGAUGUAUUAUGAACCAGAGAUAUAGAUGAUACGUUCUUUAAUGUAAAGUUGCAAUAUGUUAUAGAUAUGAUAUAUUUUUCUCUCUCUUUUCUCAUUUCACUUGUCAGUAACCAUUUUGAGAAGCUGUAAGGGAGAUUGGCGUGGAGCAAAAACCUGCUUAUGUAGAAGGCUACUGUUUAUACAAGUUUAGUUAUUUUGAAAAACUGUUGAAUGUCAUUUGUUUUUUUUUCGUGAGAAUAUUAGAUGAUAUGUAUUAAUCCUUGUUUGAUAUUUUAAAGUAAAUAUUGAUCCCCA